CAUCUACACAUUUCUUCGCCCACCACCGGCACUCCCAUGGCUACUACGACCACCAUGUCCACCCCCACCCCCCUUUUCUCCCGCCCCGACAGCUCCAUAUGCGACCACCUGUCCGCCCUCCUCAAAUCCCCUGCUGGCCCCAACUCCCUCGACACAAACGGCGCCGUCCCUGGUCCCUCUUCUGGGAAUCGCAGGAGCGAAGUGGAGGGCAAAUUCGUCAGAGCUGUCAACUGGGGUGCUGUGGCCCAAGGCGCCAAGCGGCGGAAAACCGCAGCGCCGGAAUGCGGGUCGUGUCGGUCAUCUAUGACGAGACCCUGGGCGUGCUUGACUUGCAGCUAUGUCGGCUGUCUUCAGAUGUCUGGCCGCCAUGGCAAAGCAAAAGACUGCAUGAAAUCGCAUCUCAAAGGUAGCAGUGGUCGUUGCGGCUUUGGUAAGAACCUCCCCGUUCGCCUCUUGUACCCUGGCUGACAUGUUGCUGAAAGCGGUGGAUCCUCCUACAGGCUCCAUCUUUUGCUUUGCUUGUAACGACACCAUCUACCCGGACAGCUUUGACUCGCUGUUCCUCACGGCCCGUGUUCGCGUCGAGGAGGGGCACGAUAGGUCAAGCGAGCCCGGGAUAUCGGGCGGCAAGGGACGGAGCAGAGGGCCCUGGAAGCCGUGGAAUUCGAGCAACAUGGUGGGAGUAGACGAGAAGGAUAUCUCCAAGACGAGCUGUAGAGGUCUCCGUCCUCUCCUGAAUCUAUCCCAAACUUGCUUCCUCUCUGCGGUCCUACAGGCUCUCAUCCACAACCCACUCUUGAAAGCAUACUUUUUGUCUGACAAGCAUAACCGACAUGUCUGCGGCAACGGCAGUCGAGGUCUGCUGACCGGCAAACCGUUCUUGGGGGUGGAGAAUGGGCCUGGUCAAGUUGGUGGGGACAGAGAGAAGGGGUGUAUGUGUUGUGAAAUGGACAAGGCUUUCGAAGAGUUUUACAAGGAGGACAAAUCGCCAUUUGGACCUAUCACCAUGCUGUACUCCAUGUGGCAUGCUAGUACAGAGCUCGAGGGGCACGGUCAGCAAGACGCCCACUCGUUCUUCCUCGCCGCCCUCGACCAGAUGCAUGCACACGCAAAGGGUCAACUCUCCAGCUGCAACUGCAUCGCCCACCAAACAUUCGCGGGAUCCCUGCAAUCUUCAGUGACAUGUUCCAAGUGUUCCAAAACAUCUACCACCGUCGACCCCAUCCUCGACAUCCAGCUCGACUUUCCGCCUACUCUUUCCCCUUCCCCAUCUUCGUCAUCCCUCUCUUCUUCUUCCGAUGCUGCCGCUUUCGGUCCUUCGGCGAAUGGAAAGGAGAAUCAAUUGACGCUGGCGGGAAUGCUGAGAAAGUACUGUGCCCCAGAGAGGAUCGGCGAUGCUGGUGAGACUGGCGGGAAAGGAUACGAUUGUGGGAGCUGUGGGGGAGGGAGAGGAGUAUUCGCAAUGAGGCGACUGGGCGUAAAGAAGCUUGCUCCUGUGCUGGCUUUCCAGUUCAAGCGAUUCGCCCACUCCACAUCCUCCACCGCCAAGAUCGAGUCUCAUGUCCGCUUCCCCUCCACCCUGGACAUGCGCUCAUAUGUCGACCACUCUUCCGAUGACGGACUCCCAGACUCUCUCUACUUGUACGACCUUUUCGCCGUGGUGACCCACGAAGGAAAGCUGGACAAUGGGCAUUAUUGGGCGGAUGUGAGGGAUGGAGAUGAGUGGUGGCAUUGUGAUGAUGAUAAAGUGACGCCAACGACGCUGAGUAUGGUGCUUCAGCAGAAGGCGUAUAUGCUCUUUUACGUCAAGCGUUCCCUUGCGUAUGCCCAGCCUAUGUCGAGGCUGCUUAUCCCCGGGGGCAUCAGCACCGGUUCAAAUGGUGCCUAAACAAGACAAGAUACCUAAGAUAGAGGCCACGAUCUAACGACACGUUGAGACGCGCUGGGAGGUGACGACGAAUAAACUACGGUCUUGAACUGUAAUCGAGUAGGCUGUAAAAUACGGAA